AUACAUAAAAAAAAAAUAAUAAUAAUAAUUAAAAAAUAUUUUAUAAUAUUAAUAAUAAUAUAUUUAAUGUUAUUUUUUUUGUUAAAAAAUAUAUAUGGUGUAUAAUAAUUUGUAGAAGUCAAAGCUGACAAGCUACGACAGCCUUACUACCUGUACCAAACUACCUGGUACCACUACAUGUGUUUGCACCUACAGACGACAGUGCAUAUACAUAGUCAAUACAUACAUAAACGAGAAAAACGAACGGACCCAAACUUUGUGUGUCCAAGACACUGUCAUAUAUGUUUUAAUAUAUUUUUAAAAAUAAUUAUAUCAUUAAAAUUUGUACUUUAUUUUUUUUUUUAAAUUAAUUUCUAAAAAAAACAUCUGUGAUUAUAAGUGUAUAUUAAUUUUUUUUUUUUGUUAUUAUAAUUUUAAUUAAUUGGAGUAAUAUAUUAAAUUUAAAAAAAUAAUUUUGAUAAAUUUUGGGACCAAGUGUUUUAUUGUAUUGGAGUUUUUGGUGCAUUUUCUGCGACAGAUAUUAUGGAGUCUUUACGAUAGUUUUAUUUGAUUAAAUUUGAAGCUUUUUUUUAAAAUCUUUAAAUAAUUGUCAUUGUUUAUUUAUUUUAAUUGUAAAAUGUAAAUUAUUGUUAUUAUAAAAAAAUGGCUUUUUUGUGCCCUGUACGAAUACGUCGAGGGAAAAAAAAGAAACCUGGAUCACAUAGUUUUGAAUUGGAAAAAGAUGGUUUGGGUGGAUCAAGUGUUGGUUUAGGUACAAAUAGAGUAUCAUUACCACCAGGAAGAAUAACUGGUAGUGCUAGUAUUGAAACACUUGUUAGAGUUGGUAUUGAAAAAGAAAAUGGUUUAUCACCUGAUAGUAAAAUGGUAAUUGUACAUGAUUUUACACCAUGUGUUGAUGAUGAACUUCAAGUUAAACGAGGACAGGUUGUUAAUGUUUUAUAUAGAGAAAAUGACUGGGUUUAUGUUAUUGCUGCUGAUACUAGAAUGGAAGGUUUUGUACCACAUUCAUAUUGUGCACCAUAUACAUCACAACUUGCUGAACAAACACUUGCUAGUUUAAUGAAUAAUGUUAAAAAAAAAUUACCAAGAACAAAUGAUGAUGAUAAUGAUUGUAAUAAUAUAAGAAUACAAACAAUUGAAUCACAUAAUACUGAUACUGGUUCAGUAUCUGAUUGUGAAAGUUAUGCUAGAAAUAUAACAACUGCUGAUAUUAAUGUUAACAGAACAAUGACACAAUCACAAAAUUCCAUUCAAAUGAUUCAACAACAGCCAGAUGUACAUCCAUUUUUUAAGGAUCCAUCAGCUGGAAGAUAUAUUGUACUUUAUACAUUUUAUGCACGUGAUGAAAAUGAUGUUAGUGUUGAAAGAGGUGAAUUUGUAACUGUCUUAAAUCGUGAUGAUCCAGACUGGUUUUGGGUAGCAAGACAUUGUGAUGGUAGUGAAGGUUUUGUACCAUCUGGAUUUGUUUAUCCUGGACAUGUAUUACAUUCAUAUGCAACAACUGGUACAGCAUCAAAUGAAACAAAUAAUAAUAAUUUAGGUGUUGUUGGAAAUGGUAAUAUAACAAAUGAUCAAUUACAACAAAAAGAUAUGAGAGAUUUUCGUGAUGAAACACCAGGUACUGAGCUUGUUGUACUUUAUGAUUAUAAGGCGCAGGCGCCAGAUGAUUUAUCAGUUAAACGUGCUGACUGGAUUUAUGCUGAUCUUGGUAAUCAACCAGUUGAUGGUUGGCUAUGGGUUUAUGCUAGAAAAAAUGGUAAUUAUGGAUUUAUUCCAAAAGCAUAUGCUCGUCCACCAGCAAUGACUAGUUUGUAAUGUGAAUCAUACUAUUAACAUUAUAUUUAAUUAAUUCAUCUUAAUUUUUUUUUUUUUUAAAUAUUUUUAAUUUACAUCAU